UUUGUUACCAUGCGGUCUCGCUGGACAAAAUGGGGGCCGAAGAAUGUCUCCAGAGGCUACACUGGGGCUUUGACCCCCUGAAUAACAUCUCGAUAGCCUUCAACCAGAUACAGAACAUCAGAAAGUAUCUCAAGACCUUUGAAAAAGAGGUCAAGAAAAUUGAAAAACUAUCUUGGGUAGAACAGUUUGACAAAAAGAUGGCUGAAUUUGUCAAAGGCGUGAAAGAUCGUGUCUCAAGUCAUCCACCGUUGGAAUGCAGACCUCCAUGCGGGCUUCAAAAAGCUGCCCGAACCUUUUCAUGCAGCCGAUGUGCUGAGGAGGACUGCAAUAUCCCGGUGACCUGUCCCCUUAAGGACAUCAAGGUGGAAGAGCUGGAAGAGACCAGAAUCUGGUGCACGGCGUCCUUUAUCCUUCCUGAUCAUCCGAAGGUUGUUUGGAAGUACGCCAAAAACAUCAAAAAAAACGGAUUUGAGUAA